ACCUGCUUUCAACACAUCCCGAACGCACUUUAUGUGUAUCUAAGGAUGUUUACAGGAAAUUGGUUUCUUCUGACUGGAUUACAUCUCAAAAUAAGUACGCAAAAUGGGAUAUUCUGACCAGCUCUCGAGAUGGUUUCUGUGAUCCAUCCGCCUGGAUUUGCAUAAGAGAACAAAGGAGGUUAUCGCCAUCAACGCCUCAAGACAAUGGACACCAAGCCGAAACCAGCGAAGCGAAUUAUUCAACUCGACAACGAGCCAGGACAACUUUGAGCCUAUUCUGCGAAAGUAUACGGUGAUACAAGACCCAAGCAGCCUCUUACAAUCUUACGGUGAAUAAUAUUACUCAUGUAGACUGUGGCAGUAUCAUUUCUUGGCUCUCCUUUCGCACCACAGGAUUCCCGUCUUCAUUUGUCCCAUCAUCUGCCACAGGGUACCCGCCAAAUCGCUGGAAUGCUUCACAUGGGUUCACUUGUUGAUCAUCGGGUGCGCAUGGAAUUCAGUAUCAGGAUUAAACGCGCCAAACGCCCGUGCGCGUAUUAUACUAACAGUACCGCUACUUUCCAUUGUCUCCUCGAAGGAGAUUUAAUCUUCAAACUGAAUCCCGGCCCUUCAAACAAUGGGAGCGCCAAAAAGGAUUGCGCCACCUCCAAGAACAAAGCGUCUCGUCGGACUCCAGCGCCUGUAUGCCCUGUUUACGAUAAAGCAGCAUAUGCAAUCAGAAGCGGUAUGUGUGCGCGACGUGCAAACACACAACUCACGCACGGUGCGCGUCAAUCUCUGGCCUCAACAUUAAAACAUUUCGCUUCGAUUCUCCAUGCAGCUGGACUUGCUCUAAUUGUUUGCUAUCUGAAAUGCCGUUCUUUGGACAGCGGUCUAUAAAUACAUCCGGACCAUCUGAUGGAAACCCUGUGCAUGACGAUUCUCACUUAUGUGCUCUUAAGGAGAGAGAACAUCAACUCAAGAUCAUGCAUAUAAAUACCCAAUGCAUGACUUCCACUUUUGACAGCCUCCUCCACAUGGUCAACCGCUAUUCCCUUGACAUUAUCACUAUGAGCGAAACCUGGUUAAAGGAAAAUAAACUUCUUCUACAGCAUGUAACUAUACCUGGGUAUGUUCAUGCCUUCAACAACAGGGAUAAAAAGAAAGGCGGCGGCGUUGGUGUAUAUGUCAAGGAGUCAAUUGAAUUCAAAAGGAGAACUGAUAUAAAAAGGCGAUAUCCUGCAAUGGAACAUCUCUGGCUGGAAAUCAAGGGACGCAACAGGCACAGUAAUUUGCUGUUGGGUGUAGUCUACAGGUCUGGAGCUAUUAUGACAUACUCUGACUGGUUAGACACCUUCGAGUCACUCUUAUCCGAUCUGUCCAUCUCCUGGCAUGGGAUGCUGUUAGUCACUGGAGACGUUAAUGUGGACCUCUUCCGCCCAUCGGAAUGCUAUGUGCGCAAGUAUAUGGACGUGCUGGAAUCCUUGAAUUUAACGCAGCUUGUUACCAAGGCAACACGCACUACUCUACACUCUGAGACACUAAUCGACCAUAUGAUUACGGACUUGCCUAAACAAGUGUCGUACUGUGACGUCCUCCCGUGUCCGCAAAUAGGUGACCAUGAAGCACCCUACGUGUGCAUGAAUAUUCGCGUUACGCGUUUUACCCCCAGAUACAAGUACAUACGCGAUGAGCGCAACUUUGAUGAACAUGCUUUCACAAAUGACAUUGAACAGCUUCCUCUUAGUAUCGUUUAUUCCACUAGCGAUCCCGAGAUGCAGCUCGAAAUGCUUAAUACUUUAUUGCGCGAAUGCAUUGAUCGUCAUGCUCCGCUCAAGCGCACCAAGGUGACGCGACCACCCUCGCCCUGGUUGAAGGAACUUGACAUCCAAAAGCUCCAACAGGAUUGUCGUAACAUGCGCACUGAGGCACGCAAAGAUAAGAGUGAUUCAAUUUGGAACUCUUUCAGGGAGAAACGUAACCAGCUCAAGGCUAUGAUUGGCAAAGCGAAGCGUAAUUUCUAUUACAAAGCACUGUCGUCAGUCAAAGCCAAAGAUGUGUGGAGGGUGAUUCACCGGAUACUCCACCCAAACCCUCAGCCUCUCAGGUUUGACCCUGAUGAACUUAACACACAUUUCGCCUCUACUGCUGAGCGUGUUACUGGUGCCACGCCCACCUCUGCUAAUAACAUCUCGGAUCUUAUCCAGUCUCUACCGGAAGAUCCUGUUUGGGCUUUUACGCUGAAGCCUGUCUCAUGUCUUCAAGUUCUAGCAGCACUCAAGAAAUUAAGAUCAGACUGUUCAUGUGGCCCAGAUGGGAUCCCUGUGACAUUCAUCAAACACGCCGCUGACCAUCUGGCUUCACCAUUGACCCACAUUUUAAAUACCUGUAUCUUGCAAGAGUAUUUUCCAUCCGCCUGGAAAGUGGCUCGUAUAAGCCCUAUACCCAAGCAGUCUGAUGUAAAGGACAGGAAUGACUUACGUCCCAUCUCUAUCUUACCUGUCCUCUCAGAAGUCUAUGAGCGCUUAGUGCUUGGUCAAAUGAGUGACUUUGUCUCCAGUGGUCCUGACAGCAUCUUAAAGGACACUGUUAGUGCAUAUAGGAAAGGUCACAGCACAACAACAAGUCUCCUUGCAAUAAAAGAUGACAUUACUAAAGCAAUGAAGCGUGGGGAAGUAACCUUAGCUGUCUUAGCCGACUUCUCCAAGGCUUUUGACACCGUUGCGUAUGAAGUUGUCUUGAAGAAACUACACCAUCUUGGUUUUUCAAAGUCAUUUUUGAUGUGGGCCACCAGCUAUUUAACAGGACGAAAGCAGUUUGUGCAAAUCGACGACAAGAGCUCUAGAUUGGCGGACGGGUAUUUCGGUGUACCACAGGGAUCAGUGUUGGGCCCCUUAUUAUUCAAUCUAUACGUCAACGAUCUCUCAGAGCAUCUGAGCCUUGUUACAUGCCAUCAGUACGCCAAUGACACCACGUUUUAUGCUUACGCCAAACCUUGUGACAUCAGUGACUGUGAAAGACGCCUGCAUCGGCUGUCGAUCGGCUGUCAUCUUGGUCGAGUGAGUGUAACCUCACUCUAAAUCCCAAAAAAACCAAAACCAUGCUCUUGUCAACAGCACAGAUGGCCCAUCGUCACAAGCUCGUCGAGCGCCAAGUCCAACUCACCGUUGACGGGCAGUCUCUCGAGAGGGUACAGUCCACUUGCCUCCUCGGCUCCGAAGUCCAACAGAACUUAAAGUGGAACAAUGACAUUAAAACAAAAAUUAGUUCCUGUUAUUCCACUUUGUCUGUUCUCGGAAAACUAAAGAACCUAUCUCCUUUCCACGUGAGAAAGCAGCUAGCAGAGACUCUGGUCUUGUCGAGAAACGACUUUAACGAUGUUGUAGCCUACCCUGCGCAGGAUUAUCUCUUAGCGCGCUUACAAAAAGUUCAGCUAGCCGCCGCGGGUUUUGUCACUAAGAGGGUCAAGAGUGCAACAAAAGGCCAUGUGACGUCACGCAACCAGAGAUAACUAGCGACCAAUAUACAGAGGUGUACCCAGCUGAGGGGAUCAGACCAUCGAGACGGGCAAGCGAUGUUUCCCUGGCAACGGAAAAGUCGAGCUAGAAUCCGGUGUGCAAAUGUACAUACGGGACUUGCGCAUCGGAGACCGCAUCAAGACCGUGGGCUCAAGUGGUGACGUAAUUUAUAGCGAUGUCAUAGCCUUCCUCCACAAGAACACUACCAUAGUAGUUGAGUUUGUUGCACUGCAUUUAACCGGUGAACACCGCAUUAUUAUUUCAGCUAAGCAUUUGAUUUUUGUCUCUAAAAAUGGCAAUUCUACUAGCGAGGCUAUAUUUGCCGACAGAGUUCACGUUGAUGACACCGUGUACGUAUUAGAGGGGGGUAAGCUAGUGGUUAAGAAAGUAGUCCGUGUUGCUAUGGUUACAGAGAGUGGCAUAUAUGCACCGCUGACCCGGGAAGGUACCCUAGUUGUCAAUGGAGUAUUUGCCUCUUGCUAUGCACACUGGGAGUCGCACCAAAUCGCUCACGGUGUCAUGCUACCGCUCAGGGCCUGGUACGACUUGUGGAACUUUUUUGGCCAUUCUUUUUCUGUUUUCGACAUGCAAAAUUCUGUUACCGGGAAUGAAAUUCACUGGUACGCAUAUGCUCUAAUGAAGGCUAGAUUUGCAUUACCUAAUAAUUUGGCGUCAUUUCUUGGGGCGUAACGCACAGUGACGUUAAGGCACACAUUACGGGACUUGCGCUAAGAGAUCACGUGACCUUUCUAGGUGGCAAAUUCGCGCCAAAAUAAUCCAUAUCAGUCAAUCUUGUUUUAAAAACUGUCGUUUUUCUAGCUUGCUCGGUCAUUUCCUUAUUAGGCAUUACAUACCAUAUUUGGGAGUCCGCUUCAAUCAUUUUUUCGCUAUUUUUAUCGCUCUAGAGCUUUGUAAAACGCGAAUUUCCACGUAAACUUGCAGGAAUUCGUGUUUACUACGGUUUUACUUGCAACUAUCUUGGAAAUGGAGCCUAGUCCCUAACGUUUUGGAAUAUCACAGAUCUCCCUCGCGCUCGCCCCUCUUUUAGACCAUUUAGAAAAACGACAGCCAUUGAUUGAUAUGACAGAAAAGACUGCGCCCGUCACUCCAGAAAACGACGAAAAAAUACAAUCUUUAAAUGAAAAUUAACAAGCGCGAAAUAAGUUGCUUUUUGUUGCUGUUAUUUUGCCGCUAAAAGCCUGAGCGCGCGCUAGUUUUCCACCCAAAAAGUCACGUGAUCUCUUAGCGCAAGUCUCAGGUAAUAAAGUCACAAGAAUCACAAUUGAAAUCUGUAUUGCAAAGAAAAAGGAUACGGUACUGAUCAGGGGCUCGUCUGCGUCUCGGUAAUAAUGUAUUAUACAAUGAAGUGAAACUUUUUUUUCUUACGCGGAGAGGAUGUAAUAUAUCGCAUGUAAAAACACGUCGCGCAUUUACACGCCUCGUAGUUAAAUGUAGUUUAGCCUGCCGGGGUAGCCUGGGUACCAGGGGCUUCAGCUUCACUCGUUUACUGACACGUGACACGCCGGUCUUGGCUCUAGUACCCAGGGUAGCUCUUAUUCGGGGUUAUUCGCAGGCGCGCCCCCCCCCCCCCCUCCUUGGCGUACAAAAGUGGGUCAUUUCAAGAUACAUAUGAUUGUGUACCCCCCCUCUCAGCCAAUCCUGAGUACGCGCCUGAUUCGGAAAUGUUUUGAUUUCGAGUAUUGGGAACUCUGUGGCGCCAAUCACUUCCGAAUAAGCCCAAACGAGAGCCGGCUAGCGGGUUACACGUAGUUCAAAUGUUUCUACAGCUUGUCUGUAGUCUUCCUUCCAGCGCGGCCGCGGAGCUCCAUGGGUAUAGAAAUAUGGUACAGCUUGUCUGUAGUCUUUCUGGUUAUACCAGAAAAAUAAAAAAGGCGUUCAUUUUGUUGUCGUUAUACUGUCAUCAUCAAAAUUUAAGAUAUAAUAAUCAUGCUAUCAUCGAUCCUACAAAAGAAACUGUAAACUUGUUGUAAACUGUAAACUAGAUGAAAGUACUGGAAAUGAUGCUCUAUUCGGUUUUCUAUUCGGCUCAACGCUGCGAAAUAAAAUUUAAAUCUUAUUUUUAACUGUUCAAAGUUUCAAAAUUAAAGAAAUAAACACCA